GACAGCAAGUGCAAAUAAUCUUUGCCUUCCAGGAACGUUGUUACUAUUUUUUCUCCCUCAGGCUCACCUAUGAGUAAUUUCAGUCCCUCGGUCGAGCUUCGUAGUCGGCAAAUUGGAGGCCGUCCAUUGUAUUUUCCUCCUAAAUAUGCUCAUGAGCUCUUUCCAUUACAUACAGAACGAAGAUCAUCUCAUUCUAUCUCCUUACUCGUUCUCACUUUUCUUUUUAUCCUCAUCUUGCUCGAUACAUAUACAUCUUUAAGUGCUUCCCGUGUCAACUUUCCACAGCUCAGACUCACUAAACCGGGGACAGCACUGCGAGUUCAAAUAGGUGUUCGAAUCUAUCUCCAUUUCUCUAGUUCUCUUCUGUUGCACAUUCACUUUAAGCGAUGGCCCGCUACCACAAACUCACGCGGACUUUGAUUCACCCUGCUUAGGCACUUAGCGCCCAGAAGCGAGACUUGGAGUUAGCCUCCCUGAGAAGGACACCACAGGUACAAGG